AUGCUGCUUAAUAAUAAACAGCAGCAAUAUAGACAACAGCAGCAGCAGCAGCAGCAGCAGCAGCAGCAGCAGCAGCAGCAGCAGCAGCAGCAGCAGCAGCAGCAGAAGCAGCAGCAGCAGCAGCAGCAGCAGCAGCAGCAGCAGCAGCAGCAGCAGCAGCAGCAGCAGCAGCAGCCAGGCCUUCUGGGCCAUUUAGACCUCUAG